AGAAAAUAUGUUGCAAAAGUUCCAAUUGUUCUUCCUUAUUGUUCUAUUUUCAUUAUCGAUUUUCAGACUUGCGUCGCCGACGUCGCUUGCCAUCCACUAUGGGCUAAAGGAAUGACAGCCAUGUUCUCCUAUGCUUGCGGAGAGGGCAGUGAAGGCUAUAAAAAGGUCCGACAAUGCCUGCGAAAGGUGGUCUCUGGAGAUACCGUUAAGGAAUGCGUAUCGACAUUUUCACGAGGAGCGCCAACUCAGGCUUGCUUAUCUGCCAAUGCUCUGCUAACGUGCGCUAUUGCUCCCAUCCAGACAGAGUGUGGUGAAGAGACAUCAGAAUGGGUGCUUAAAUACGUUACGAAAUUCGCAACUGCCAUUGAUCCUCGCUGUAAAUUGGCCAGCCAGUUGCCAAAUGAAUUCCGUCAAUGUGCGUCGUUCCUGUUCACUGGGCGAACGCCAUGCGUUGUGUCGUCAUGCCUGAUUCGUGCCGGCGAAGGAAUCUGCAACCAGCCUGACCCUACAAAAGCCAUCGACGACAAUCUCAGCUGCGUAUUUGCACAGGUACAAGAACCAACAUUCGCGAAAUGCGUCCGCUCAACACUAUCCACCGUGAAACAGUUCACGCUGAGCUCCUUCCGUAACAUCCUGCCGAAGUUUGUCGACUGUACUGAAGAGAUUGUUCUUGCCAAAUGUGGCCAAACGCCCAUCAAUGUACUUCGCGCCAUGUCAUCACCUGAUAUCUGCCCCGUUGGUCCCGCACCAAUCGUUCCCGUCAACAGGACCCAAGUACCGCAACGUGUAGAGCCACAGCUUCCCACGUGCACACCGGAAAAACAAGUUGCGUACGAUCAAUGCACUCAACCAUUCUAUACACGGUACCGUAUGCUACCGAUAACGCUCAUCAAUGAGAUGGAGAAUAUGGACCAGGUCUGUGCCGAUGUGUCGAUAAUGGAUGGUUGCUCGAUUUCAACAAGAGUGUGCGCAUCCGCCGAACAGAUGGCGCUGAAGAAGAUGAUUGAGCAGUUAUGUGCCAGUCGAGAGGCUUAUGAUCACUACAAGAUCUGCUUGAAAUCGGUGGCCAGCAGUCAAACAGGAGCUUCGUGCAUGUCCGAAUUUAUGUCAUCGACACCUGGUAGCCGAUGUUCAGCCAUUCAGAAUGCUGCCGUCUGCAUGGCUAAGCAGGUCGACAAACCUUCGGUCUCGAUCGCCACCGGCUGCUCUGAACAGGAUAUGGUCGCGUAUUUGUCCUGCGAAAGCUCUAUUGAUCCGUUCAGCUUCCGACCAGUCUCCAUCAUUGGCGACGGUACGAAAUGGGACGAAAUGUGCACGGCCUUUGCGUCGUCGUACAGACCUUGUGUUGAGAAGAUGUCCUGCAAAUUCGAGCCAGUCUCAUCCGCUAACAUACAACUAUUCGACGGUAUUUGCAACAGGGUGGAUCGUAACGUACACUACUAA